GUGGAUUUUAAUAGAACUUUUACUUUCAAAUCGAGGUUUCAAGUUGAGAACUCAAAUCAGCAUAAUCCGAUUUUAGCAUCAUCAGUAACAUUUACAGAAUAUAAAGGAAUUAUUUCUAGGAGUGGUGGAAGUUUAAGAAGAAGUUGGAGUGCUAUAAGAAGACAAAAGAGAGAUAUUGAACAAAUGGUUACUUUAAAUGAAGCUUAUUCAAUUAUUCAUUUAUGUGCUGGGGAAGUUUUAUCAAGAGGAUUAGGUGAAGAGAAUUUAUUCUCACCAGUUGAUCAUGAAGAUAACCCUGAUGAGGUCAGGUACCUUAUCAAUUGCCUUUUACGUGAUAAUCAUACGGAAUUCGAGGAUGAACUCAAGUUUCAAGAUAUUCGUAAUAUAGUCUCUGGUAUUAGAUGGACUCUUAGGAGAUGUGUCACUAGUAUAGUGUCAUAUAAAAAUUACGAAAAUUUUGUUCGUCUAGAAAGUGGCAUAUUCAAUCAAUUCAUAUCUAAUCUUUCAAAACCAGCUCAAGCAAUUCUUCUGGAAUUAUUUGAAUUAUUUUCACAAGUAAUGACACAAGCUCAUAUAAACAAAAUUCCUGCUCAAAGAAUAAUUAAAUCAAUGGCACAUUAUAUUAUCGGUGAUAAAGAACUUAAAUUUGAAAAUUUUAGUGCUGCUUAUACAAAAUGGUUAAGAUGCUCUAACGCAUGUACUCAUUUAUUCUUGGCUUAUUUACGUGAAAGAGCUUGUUCGGCUAGUCUUCCUCCUCGUUUAAAUAUUUUAUUGGAUGCUUAUGUACAAUUUCGUAAAAAAUCAAGAUCUUCUCCUGAUUAUCAACAUCCUUUAGCCGAUAUUACUAUUGAAGAUUUACAAUUAAUUAUUAGACCAAAAAAACAAUCACGUCAGAAGAAUAAUUUAAUCCCUAGACAAAUUGAUUCUAUAAGGAAUAGUGCUUUAUCUCGUUCUUUAACUAUCGCUGAAAUGUUUCCUGAUAUUGCUGAAUCUUUGGAUUCUUUAAGAAGAAAAACUACUUAUCAAAAUUUAGAUAAUAUAAUUGAAGAUUCUCAAAUUGCCGCUCAAAAAUGGGAUGAAUUACAAAUUAAAGGUUUCAAUGUACUUUCUGAAGAAGCUUUAAAAUUAUUCUUUGCUUUUGAUGAUAGAAGUUCAAAUCCUUGUGCUAGUAUUGUAAGAAGACGUAGUAGAAAAUUUAAUAAGAAACAUUUGGAUCAAAAAUUUUUAGAACUUCUUCCUAAUAUUGAAAUUGAUAGUGAAACUUUAAGAGAUAGUUUAUUUCAAUCGGGUGGAAAUAAUUCUAAAGGUUCUUUACGUGCUACUGUUGUAUGGGAUGAAUUUGAAAAGAAAGGUUUUAGAGAUUCUACCGCUACUAAUUCAAAUAUCCUUAGUCUUUGUUCUACAUUAGGUCCUUCAACUACUUCUGUACCUAUCUCCGAAACAUCUGAAUCUGAUUCAUCUAAUCCUGAAAUAAUUACUCCUCCUCAAGUAAUUACUCCUCCUCAAGUAAUUACUCCUCCUCAAGUAAUUACUCCUCCUCAACUAAUUACUCCUCCUCAAGUAAUUACUCCUCCUCAAGCAAUUACUCCUCCUCAAGCAAUUACUCCUCCUCGAGUAAUUACUCCUCAAGUAAUUAAUUCUGAAGUAACCAAUUCUGAAGUAACCAAUUCUGAGUUUAAUGAACCGCAAUCGCAAAAUGAUGAUGAAAUACAAUUACGAACUCGAGAAAGAUCUCCACCAAUGGAUCGUCCAAUUAAACGGAAAAACAAACCUUUAAGAAAAACUUUUUGCUUUUUAUGUUUAAGACCUGAUUCAAGUUUUUCAGGUUUUUCCGUUACCAUGGAAACCGAUCAAGAACAAGAUGAAACAAAUGAUCAUCCUAUGAAUUCUCACGUGACCAUAGAACCUAUUAAUAAUAAUUUCCCUUACAUGUGGGUCGAAUCUAGUUCUAAUGAAAAAAAUGCAAAAGAACCUUGGGAAUGGGUCUUUGUUGAACCUCGAGAUGAGAGACAUGAACCUGAAUGGAUAAUGUUUGAGGAUAAGAGACAAUUCCUUUCCGAACGUGAACGUGAAAAUGAAAAAGAUAAACGUAAAACUCGUAAAAGAUCUCUUUUAAAUGCUCUAAACACAUUUAAUGCUAAUAUGCCUUGGUCAAAAUCUAAUCGUCCAAAUAAGUUUAUAAAUAAGAUAAAAACAUCAAUUCAAAAAGAUCGAUCAAGCCCAACAAGAAUUCCACCAGAACAUGAACUUGAAUUACGAAAUAUUAAAGAAAAUGGUGAAGGUUCGGGUUCAUCAUUAAUAUCACAUGGUGAAUAUUAUCCUCAUGAUAUUUACGAUGAUUAUAUAGAGGAGGAGGAGGAAGUAGAAGAAGAUAACGAAGUUGUUAUACAUAAACAUACUGUUCCUUAUUCAAGACAAAAUAAUAUUAAUGAUAAUAUUUCUACUUAUGAUGAAUCACUCACAUCAAAUAUAAUCAAGCGACCAAAUAUUUUGUCAUCAGGAUAUGAUAAUCUUUCAGUAUCUUCAUUGGCAGUUAAUCAAGAACAAUAUAAUGAACAAUCUUAUGUGUUAGCGAGCAGAAGAAUUUUACAAACACAACAAUCAAAUUAUCAUACGUCAAAUUAUCAUACAUUAACUGAGGGAUCAUCAUAUCAGAUGCAAUCGAAAAAACAAGAAACAAAUAGGGAAAUUAUUAAAUUUUGA